CAUAUAUUGGGAUGUGUCGUGUGAUGGCAUUGAUCGACCUUUGAUAUACCAGCAGCCACGAUGGAUUCUCGACUCAGACUCACCAAACAUGACAGCGACCAUGGAUUUAGAUUCUGACUCGGAGUGCACAUAUUUUGGGCAUCACGCUAGUUCUGACUUCAAUGGUGUCCCUCUUGGGAGCACAACGUGGACGAUAGCAUGCGACGGUGAAGUGUCCAACAUGACGGCGAACAUCACUUACGAGACGUAUCUUCCCACCCCAUCGCCGACAAUGGAACCUGGGGCACCGUGCACUUGUGACCAGGACGCAUGUGGUAUGUUUACCUAUCUUGACUUAGAUGGUGAUGGUUGCCUAGUGGAGGCAGAAGUGGACAAAGAUGAUAAUCUCAACGGACAUUUUACCGAAAUGGACGCGGACGGGGAUGGCUGCGUUACCCAGGCAGAGUGCGGGGACUCGCCGUACUCGCAUGACAUGCCUAGGUUUCCAAUUCAGGGCCCAGCUGAAUGCAGCUACGGAUAUUAUUUCAUGGAAGACACCAGCGUCUGCCAGCAAUGCCCCGCCGGUGCCACGCGGCGGCGCCGCUCGGAGGGCUGUAGCGACUGCCCAGCGGGCAAAGUGGACUUGGGCGACUUCGAUAACUGCAUCUCGGGAGUGUGGCUCACGGAACCACUCGCGAUUGGGUCCGACGUAGUAUUUGUCAACAAGGCCGAAGACGAGAGCGGGGUCUUGCUGCAGAAGGGCGAUGGGAUCACCAUGUCGACGCGCAACCCUGGCCACUUCGAGAGACUGAUUAUCGUUGACAAGAUAGGUUUCGAUGAUUCCCAAAGGUUGUCGCCAUACCAUGAGUCCCUGCUUCGGAAGAGUGGGCCUUUUUUCGUGCUGGACCACGGCGCGCACGCGGAGUUCAACAAGUACGACGCGAUCGUUUCUGCCUGCACGCAGGUCAAUGGGAUCUCGCUUAGCGAUCAGUACCCGUGCGGAUGUGGCAUCGAAAUCUGCGAUCUCGGGUACAGGUGUGACGAGCAGUGCAGUGGGGACAACACGGUUCUCGAUUUCUACUCGGGCAGCGGCUACGGGAAUGGCGGAUGUUGCAUCGGCCCCCCUGCUUCUCCUCUGCCCACCCCGGCCCCGACGGUGUCGGCCAAGGGUGACCCGCAUUUGGUCAACCUUCUUGGCGAGCAUUUCGACGUCAACCACGGCGGCGAGUUCACUCUGCUCCGGAUCCCGCAGGCCGCCGAAAGGGCCGCCGAGGUGCAGCUUAAGGCAACGAUCCGCCCCGAGCACGGGAAGCCAUGCACCACGUACAUCACCGCGGUUGAGCUCUCGGGCACAUGGAUGGGUGGGGCGGUCGUGCAGGUGCGCUCCUAUCUCAGGUCGCACACCAAGAAUGAAAGCGACGAGUUCUUGGGGCUCCGGGUGCUGGAGCCAGGCACGCCAGAAGAUGUUCCAUGGACGAGGCUUGCGGAUUGGACCGAUGGAAACAUGGUUCUUUUCGAGCAGCAGGCAAGGAAAGGCGUCAGGGUGACAAUGUCCAAGUCGCAGUGGCGCACCAGGAAGGGCGUAAAGGAAGGAUUGCCGACCGUAGCUGGGCAGCUUCAGAUCAUGAUGCAGAGCAAGCGGAGCAAAGAUUCCGCGAUGAUCGUCGUCCGCCAAGACCUCCCCAUGCAGGAGCACCUGAAUUUGGCUGUGCGGCGCUUGAGCGCACUCGGUCGUGCAGACAUUGGCGGCCUUCUUGGGUUCGAUGCGCACGCCGAGUCGCUAGAGGACGUCACGCCAGAGUGCCAGCGUCACAGGGACGGGUUGGACGCGAAGAAAGGUCCCAACUCAACGCCAGGCUGGAAGGUUCGUUGGCAGAAGAUCAAAGAGGAGCGCGCGAGCAAUCGCGUACCAGGUGGGUCAAUGAACGACAACGAAGCGGCCGCCAACCUUAUUGAUAAGAUGCGAAUGAGAGGGAAGGACAUGAUGUGCGUCUGCCCCAUCGACGAGGAGGACGACUACACCGCGAACCUGAUAGGUGGCGGACGCCAGGGUGUCCUUGCGAAUUUUCAGACUGGCAGGUUUGCGGAGGCCACGUGGGAUUGAUGAGUGCGCGUCGAACCAGCCUGCGCGAUCGCCAGCUUACGUCCGCGCAGCAGCCUUUCCGAGUCUUUGGCCUGCCUGCCGCGCCCGCAGGGCGGAUGGGCUAGUCAAGCUGUCUUUUUGUAUUCAGUCAAGCCUAGGUCUCUCAGAAUAGAUGGGCUGUUCCCCUCUAACGUUCCCCUUCAAGGGAGUGCCGUCUGCUCGUAACUAGGUUGCAGGUGCACUUGUCGAAUCUCGGCAUGCGCACUAAGUCGCAGGUGUCCUUGUACGUAGGCGCACUAUGUUUUUGUGUCCUUUAGCCUUUAUCUCUGGUCUUGGCUGGAAGGCGUAUUGGUUAUGUAAUCCAUUUUGAUGCAAUUUAAUCACUCGUAAUACAAGCAGCGCGUCGACUGGACGUAUCUGUUUCCAGACUUAUGCGGUAUUGAGCGCCUUUGCGCCGCC